AUGAAGCUCCCUCGCGUCGCUGUUGCCGGUCUCCUCUUUAUUGCUGCCCGCAAGGCCAAGCAUCCUCCAUUACGUCUGCCGCAGCGCACCCAAAAAGAGAUUGAGCCAACAUCGCCGUCGGCUGGCUUGGUCAGCGAUGCCACGCCUGCUCCGAUCGAAGACGUCAUUCCAGCCGCGAUUGCCAACGCCGCGUCGUCGGGCGUCUCGGGCGAUGACUUGGUUGCUGUCGCCAUCUCGGCCGGUGUCGACCCUGCGAUUGCCCGUGCCGUGGCUAGUGCUGCAGGUAGUGCCGCCGGAACGCUGGCACCGAUCGCCGAGGUCAUUCAGGCUGCUCUUGACAGCGGCGCAAGCUUGGGUCGGGCGCAAGCCGUUGCGUCUGUCGAAGCGAUCCAGCAAGUGGCCGCGGACGCCGGUGUCAAGUCGUCGGUGGCGCUCCAAAGCUCCUCGUGGUGGGUGCAUCGCCGAUAG